GCCCUUCCCUCUUCUAUUUAUUCUUCCGAUUCGCUGCGCUCCAUCGUUCCUUCUCUCCGGUCUCCGAUCGCGGCCCGAGGCGACGAAGGGGCUUGAAGGCCGCUAGGUUACUCAUCUUCUUGUCAGACAAUUAUAUUUGAUACAUGGCGGAAAUGUGCUCUUGGUUGAGUUACUUUAAGUUCCGAGCCUUGUUUCUUGAUGGAGUUAUUGAUCGGCGACUUUCUGUUCAUGGAUAUUUUAUGGUCAUUUCUUUUGUCAACUGCACCUAGAAGUUAUCUUGGAAUCUACAGUCUCCAGAGGCAGCUAUGCAGUGAAGUUGACUUAUUUUUUAUGUCGCUGCCGUAUGGUUGGAAUUCUUGCCUUUGUGUGUGCAAUUAACUUUUGCCGUCAAUAAAACUGACAUUUUCCUUUGGCUUAUAUAGCCAGUACUUGUCUUGAUUGGAGCCUAUGUGAAUCUCAUGAACGUGCUGCACAAAAAUAAAACAGCUGGUGUCUUGCACUAGCUCUUCAGUGGUUGAUUUCUUUCUUUCAGUUCCCUUAUGAUUGGAGUACCUUCUAUCAAAAAUGGAAUCAAUAAACAAGCAAUAAAUUUAUUAUUAACUGCCAGAAGUUUUAGUGUGCUUCUCCAGUUCGUUGGCUGAUACAGUUCCUACAACCUACUCUCUUUCUCCAACAUUGUAUGGCCAACUUGCAGCCUUGAGAUUUCAACUUAGGGUCUUGGCAUUGUAAUGAUUUUGCAUCUUCCCACUUUGUUUGCACAUGCCUUUGGUCAAAAAACUUGAUCAUAGGCAUCCUGAUCUUUGCUAGGACAACAGGGAGUACAGAAUCAGUCAAGAUGGAAAGGUACAAGGCAAUCAAGGAAGUUGGAGAUGGCACAUUUGGAAAUGUUUGGCGAGCAAUAAGCAAGCAAAGUGGUGAAGUGGUUGCCAUUAAGAAGCUGAAACGAAAGUAUUACUCAUGGGAGGAGUGCUUGAAUCUCCAGGAAGUGAAGUCUUUGCGAAGAUUAAACCAUCCCAACAUUGUCAAGCUCAAAGAGGUUAUUAGAGAGAAUGAUAUGUUAUACCUAGUUUUUGAGUACAUGGAAUGCAAUCUCUAUCAGCUUAUGAAUGAAAAGGGUAGAUCCUUUUCAGAAGGUGAAAUUCGGAAUUGGUGCUUUCAGAUCUUCAAUGCACUGGCUUACAUGCACCAACAUGGUUAUUUUCAUCGUGACCUUAAGCCUGAGAACUUGCUGGUGACCAAUGACCUCGUGAAGAUAGCAGAUUUUGGCCUUGCUCGUGAAAUCCAUUCUAAGCCACCAUUCACAGAAUAUGUAUCAACACGCUGGUACCGAGCUCCAGAACUUUUGCUUCAGUCUUCUGUUUAUAAUUCUGCAGUUGAUAUGUGGGCAAUGGGAGCUAUCAUGGCUGAACUUUUCUCACUUCAUCCCCUAUUUCCUGGUUCGAGUGAGGCGGAUCAGAUAUGCAAGAUUUGCAGUGUUAUUGGAUCUCCCAAUAGUUAUUCAUGGCCUGAAGGAUUACAGCUUGCAGAGGCUAAGAAAUAUCAGUUUCCACAGUUUGCUGGUGCCCCUCUUUCUUUCCUAAUUCCUGCAGCCAGCAAGGAUGCGGUCGACCUUAUAUCUUCGCUUUGUUCUUGGGAUGCAAGAAAGAGACCCACACCAAUGAAAGUUCUUCAGCAUUCUUUCUUCAAGCCUUGCUUUUACAUCCCCCCAUCUCCUUGGUUGAAAUCAGAGGGACUGCAGAAAACACCUUCAUCAGCUGUCAUGAAAAGCGCUUUGGUCUCAAAGAGUGCUAUAGAGCACUCUGUUGGAGGUUUGUCCAGUACAAGGCUGGCAACAAACUAUUCAUUAGCUAAUACAAAUGACUUUUCAAAGCCAGGUGUUCAAAGAAAAUUAGAAAUGAAUCAUCAGGAAAAGAUCUCUUAUAAAGGUGUUAAAACAUAUAAACAGCAGUCAAGUUUAAGAGACAACCACGGCGUUAUUGAUGGAGACGGUGCCAAAGGGAAUUCAAAUUUAGUAGACAAAUUGGCUAACUUAAAACUGAACUCGGAGAAUGUCAAGCUGCCUCACCUGAACUACCGUCCCGCGAAGCAGUUGCCGAAGGAAGCAGUCUGGCACAGACAUGCUCGUGUUUUAGAUCGGCCUAAGGAGGUUCCUCUUGCUCCAACCUACUAUACUAGAAAAGUCGCAGGCUGAAGGUUGUAUAUCAAUAAUACUUGAUCUUGCUUGGUUUGCCCUCUAGGGCACCAUUUUCAGUGUGAUGCACAAUAAAACCGCACUGAGUGUUAUGUUUGCUUAUGCUUUUGGUACUGUUAUCUUGUAUCAUUUGCUUUCAGAUUCAGCUUGGUGUGGUAAGACAUUUUAGGCUACGUUUGGUUGGGUGUAAUGUAAUCUAACUUGUAAUGUAAUCAAAUUUAUAAUGUAAUGUAAUGUAAUCUUGAUUACAUUACUACGUUUGGUAA